GUAACGGCAUCAUUAUGAUGGGAACAGCUGCUGGUACAAAAGCUUCAUCAAAGCAGCAGGAAAGCCAGUAUGCAGCCUGAUAAGACAAAUGUAUGUGUGAGUACUUAGUUACGCAGGUGAAGGAGCAUUUGGUGUAGCAAGUAGUCACUGGAACCAACCUGGAAUGGAACUCCACUGAUCUAUGGCCGCUGCCAACAGCAUGCAGUGCAGAAAAAAGGCUAUGAAUAUUAUAACUGAUUCUUGUAAUCAUCACACAUAAAGGCAAAACUUAUGUAGUCAUCCUAAUUCUUCAACAGCUUAUGGUGCAAACAAAACUAAAGACAUGUAUAAUGACAAGGGUGUGCCUCUAGUGCUGCUGCUUCUCUUUGCAGCACAAGGUGUCCAGUCCUGUCAAAUUACUGCAACUUCUUCAGUCAUUCAAAUUGGUUCCCCUCUGUCUGCUUCCUGUGACUGCUUUCACUUAAGUGGGAAAUCUGAAGUAAUCUGGAAACUAGAUGACAAUUUUGUCCCAUGUAGUGGAUCCAGCAAUGUUCAGGCGAACAAUUGUUCAGUGUACUUUCAAAGCUUUGACAAGACCUCAGGAUUGCUCCAGUGUUACAUCAACAGUAGUGAUGGACUUCAGCUCAUGGACCAAAUUAACAUCAAGGCUGGUUACCUACCAACUCCACCAACCAACGUUAGCUGUCUAAUGAACAUUCCAAAAAACAUUGUCAAAUGCAUAUGGCAACAUCAGAAAGACUCGCUCUUAGAAGAAACUGUCACACUGUCCGCUUUUAGGUCCAAAGACAACUGCAGUACUCCUGCAGGUAUCGGAUAUGUAUGUAAUCCUGCAAAAGAGGAACAUUUUUGUAUUAUUCCCCGUAAAUAUUUUGAUAAUUACAAGGAACUGGCAGUACAAGUGACGGUGCAAAACAAGAUCGGAUCUGCCGCCUCAUCCCUACUUUGUCUGAUCCCAUUACGGGAAGUGAAGCUUGAGCCGAUAGAAAUUAAAGAUGCCAUACCUCAUAAGGACUGUGUUACAUUGCAAUGGACAUAUGCAAAAAAGGAAAGCUUUUUAACAGACAUGAGGUGUCAGCUUCAGUACAAAAAGGCUACAGAAAAGGAAUGGACCGGGCCUGCAGAGAUACCAAUUAAUGUAAAAACAAUGGACCAGUGUGGCUUGUUAAGCGAUGAAAAAUAUGAUUUCCAGAUUCGUUGUAUCCGUAAAAAUCUAACAGGACAAUGGAGCGAUUGGGGACCAAUAACAAGCGUUACCACUUUGGAAUCAGUUCCAACUGUAAAAUUAGAGACCUGGUGGCGGCUGUUGGAAUCUACACAUGAGAUGCCGUUGAAAAUUCAGCUAAUGUGGAAGAAACUGGAGAAAAAUAAGGCUAAUGCAGAACAUUUGUGGUACAUAGUAAGGAACUCCUCUGAUCCACGUCAGGCAGACACCAUUUUGUGCAACACAACCGUUCUCAAUUGUACUAUCUCCAUGCCUCCUGAAAAGAAGAGUGUCUUUAUAUGGGCACACAAUAAGGCUGGAGCUUCUCCGGAGACAGAGAUCUUCCUCACCAGGAAUGGAGCACCGGUGUCUAAAAUGCAAGUGUCUUCUGAUGGUGAUUACAGCUUGCAAGUAACUUGGGAUCCUCAGGCUUCGGCUAAUGGUUAUCUACUGGAGUGGUAUAAAAGUUUGGAGCUGCCUGACUGUGAAAUAUUCUGGAAAACUGAACAGAAAGCAGGCAGAAGCUCAGUUCUGCAUGAUAUUCAACCAUUCCAAAAGUACACCGUGAGACUAUAUCCAUUGUAUAACGACUCUACAGGAAUGGCCAGAGAGACUGAGGUGUACUUAAAAGAAGGAGCACCAGAUUUUUCUCCAAAAAUCACAUUGUUAACUGUCAGCAAAUCCCAGGCAACAGUGCAAUGGAAGCCAAUUCCGGAGCAAAGAUGCAAUGGAUUUAUUACCAACUACACUGUUUUCUGGAUUGACACGAGUGGAAGAGAGCACAGCUCAUCUCUAAAUUACUCAACAACAAAUUACAACAUAACAAAUUUGCUCCCAUCAACCACAUAUCAAGUGUUUCUGAGGAGCUCAACAUCUGGGGGAAGCGUGAAUGGGACUGUUAUAGUGCUUCGUACUGCACCACUAGACAAUGAAGACAUCAAUAUGAUGCUCAUAAUUUUCAUUCUUUUUGGAUUCCUGGUCAUUAUUUUCAUGAUUAUUACCUGCUUUAUGAAACAAGAAAGGGUGAAGAAUCUGUUGUGCCCUAUUGUUCCAGAUCCUGCUAACAGUCAAAUGGGAAAGUGGGCCUCCUUCUUAGAAGAGACACCCAAAAUGACUUUUGCCAUUAGUGAUGUAUCUCAGAUUAUCACAAGUGAACUCAACAUUGUGGAGGGAUGUCAAGUAAAGAAUCCCCCUCAAGUCAAAGAUAAGUCUUUUGAAGAUUAUGGACAUGCAUCCAAUAAACAAUCAUCAUGCUUUACAGAAGAUCUAAAUAAGUUGAGGUAUUAUGUAAAUGUUGAUACUGUCCAGUAUGCCAAGGUAAUUACAGAGGGUUACCGUGAACAGAGUCCUCCAACUUCUGUCUAUGUGAGAUCUGACUCCACCCAACCUCUUCUCUGCGAUGCAUCACCUAGCCCCCAGAAUUAUGAGAACACAUGGUUUCACUUCUGCAGCCAUGAGGACAGUGUGUUCCUAAUGGAAGAGGAAAAUAUGAAAGACUUUCCUCUUCUAAAAGCUCUACAGCUCUGUGAGGAUUAAGAUUCAACUUGUUUCAAGAAGUUUUCUGCAAAUAGCCAAUAUACUUGGUUUUCCUAUAAGCUACUGCAUUGUUUUUUACAGACUUAUGCUUGUUUCAAACCACAGCACAUCCAAGCGUUCAGGAAAUCCCUCCACUGUCCUUAUAUAUUAAACACCUAACAGCUGCUUAAGCCUUCGAGGUGUUAUCCAACCUACACAAAAUAAGUCAUACUUAUGUCACUAAUCCACCGCAGCUCCUGUUCUGACACUUCCCAGUCCCCUACUGGUUUCUGCUUCCUCUCAACCUACAGUAAAUCAUCACUUAACCAAUAACUAGCUGAGGUGGUUAACUGCUGCAGGCAGCGAUUGGCUGAGCAGUCAUUUCCUGCAUGUCAAAAGGGUUCGGGAGGCUGAAAGCAUCCAUGGGACCAGAAACCAUCAGAACAGGAACUGCAGGGAUAAUUUAUUAUAUCACCAUUCUGAGGCUGUUUACAAAACGUAAUUGUCUAGAGUACAAUCCCUCAUUGAGUUGCAUUCAUCUUCCAAGCAUAUCAUUGUAAAACAAGCAGCAAAUUAGCUCUUUGUUCCUGGGUACAUCAGCUAGAGAAGCUUUAUUGCCUAGAUUGAUUACACAUGAAUGUCUUUUUGUUCC